AUGUCUGCCAACGAUUUCUACAACAACAACGACAACAACUACGAAGGUGGUGAAAGAGGUUUCGGUGGUAACCAAAACCAAGGCAACGAAGGUGGUUUCCAAGAAGAGAACGACCAUGAAGGUGCCAGAGGUUUCGGUGCUACUCUUGCUGGUGGUGUCGCUGGUUUUGCUGCUGCUAAGAAAUUUGGUGGCGAAAACCACCAUGGUCUUAAGGAAAUUGGUGGUGCCAUUGCCGGUGCAUUCCUCGCCAACAAGGCCGAAGAUGCUUACGAAAACCACAAGAGAAACGAUAGAAGAGAAGAAUACUACGGUAACCAAAACCAAGGGGGUCAAAAUGGUCCAGGCGGUCCAGGUGGUCCAGGCGGUCAAGGUAGAUGGUAA